UGACAGCUCCUCCAGCAAACGUCGUCGUCGCUCGUUCGUUGUGUCAGAAGAGAUUCGCGAAAAAAAAAAGUUUGCUGCCGUCGUCGAGUUCCGAGGUUCCGCGAGUAGUUAAAAUGGCUGGUUUGGUUCAUGACUGUUUCUCGAUCGGGAGCACCGUGGCCUGCACGACCUGCUACAACCAGAACAUCGAGGGCGAGGUGCUGGCGUUUGACCAGCAGACCAAAAUGCUCAUCCUGAAAUGUUCAUCCGCCAGUAACACUUCAAAAUUGAACGACGUGUACAUUGUGAACCUGGCGCUCUGCAGCGAUGUCCAGGUCGUCCAGGAAGUGAACUCCAUACCCGAUCCGCCACAGUCGUUGAACUUGCAGCGCCUCAGCACACGGGUCCGGAACCAGGUUGAGCAAAAGAAGCGACAAGUGUCCGCACUAGCCGCCGGAGUCAGCCAGGAGGGGCAGAAUCUGUUUCUGGCCAUCGCUAGAACGAUUAACCAGGUGUCGUGGAAUGGACCGAACAUUGUCGUGUUCCAAGACGUGACCAUUUCACCCCCCUACAAAGUUGAUAACGUGAAUGGAUCUCCCGACUCUAGGCAGCUCACCUACGUGAAGAAGAUUGUUGAAAAACACGUAAAUGAUCAAGCAACAGCAAACUCGAAUGUGCCACAACAGGCGGCGGCGACAGUGAAUGCCAAAUAGUGACCGGGAAUCGGAGGCGCGCGCAAGGACAGGGGUAAUAGGAACGUUUAACUAGAAAAAGGCCGAUCGCGAAAAAAAACAACAACAUAUAAUACUGGGACAACAACACUUCAAUCAACCAAUAGAAAAAGAACAACAACAGAGAUUGGUCUAACUAGUUGCAUCAUCCGGGUGGCUCGGAGUUGUUUGCUGCUAGGCGAAUCAGUCUCGUCAAGUUUCCAUCAGUAUCAGUAAUGCAAGAAA